AUGAGUAGUCUGAGUAUGGCCAUGGGCAUCGCCACAGUAGCCCAUGCGGCCACCAUAUAUGAUAUCUGUGACAAAAAUUACUUAAAGAAAGCCCUUGCGGCCAUUUCCACCCCACCGGGAAUCACCAUAUCCCCGGAUCUGGUGACGGCAAAUGUGGUUUUUAACGAGACCAUUGACUCUUACUUUUUCCCCGACUCGGUGGUGGAAUUCUGCAACACAACUGUUGCAUAUUCACAUGCUGGGCGAGAUGAUCAAGUGUUACUACAAAUCUUGUUGCCAGCGCCCAAUGAGUUCCAGGGCCGCUGGCUCUCCACCGGUGGCGGUGGGUAUUCUAUUUACUCAGGCAUGUGGACCCUACCCGGAGGCAUUGUAUAUGGUGCUGCCAGUGGGUCGACUGAUGGUGGAUUCGGCAGUUUCGACACCAAUGCUGACACGGCGAUGUUGCUUGGUAAUGGAAGCGUUGACUACGAGACCCUGUAUAUGUUUGCCUACAAGGCACAGUGGGAGAUGUCACAAAUUGGGAAGCCUUUCACCAAAAACGUGUAUAACAUGACCGACGACGACCGUCUAUAUAGUUAUUACGCAUCCUGUUCGGAAGGUGGACGUGAAGGUUGGAGCCAGUUACAACGUUUCGGCGACGAGUGGGACGGGGCGGCGGUUGGAGCCCCAGCUUUCCGAUGGUCAUUCCAGCAGACACAGCAUUUGUUUUCCAAUAUUGUCGAGAAAACACUGGAUUAUUACCCCCCUCCGUGUGAGCUGGACAAAAUCGUCAAUCUCACGAUAACUGCCUGUGACCCCCUAGACGGUAAAGUCGACGGCGUCAUUGCGCGGUCUGAUCUUUGUCUUCUACAGUUUGACAUACAAAGCACGGUGGGCCAGUCAUACUACUGUGCUGCGGAGGGAUCGAGCACUCCAGCACAAAAUGGUACAGUCUCUGCCGAAGGCGCAGAACUUGUGCAGCAAAUCAUAGCCGGCCUCAAAGACUCGGAUGGCCACCAAGUCUACCUAUCGUACCAACCUGGCGCAGCAUUGGAUGAUGCGGAGACAGCAUGGAAUGAGGAUGCAGGGAAAUGGGAGCUUUCCAUUGAUGAGCUCGGUGGGGAGUACAUUUCGCUGUUGGUGUACAAGAACUCCACCACGCUCGAAAGCCUUGAUGGUGUCACGUACGAUACGUUGCGCGACUGGAUGAUCUCGGGCUUGCAUGAAUAUGACAGCACGCUGCAGACGACAUGGCCCGAUUUAUCCCCCUUUCGAAAAGCUGGCGGUAAGAUCAUUCACUACCAUGGCGAGGCGGACUACAGCGUGCCCACGGCCUCGUCGGUCCGCUACUGGGAAUCUGUGCGGAGCAUCAUGUAUCCGCGCCAGGACUACAAUUCCAGUGCCGAAGCUCUGAAUGAAUGGUACCGCCUCUUUUUAAUUCCUGGAGCUGGUCACUGCGCGCCUAAUGAUGCCAUGCCAAAUGGACCGUUCCCAGACACCAGUCUGGGCUCUCUGAUCGAAUGGGUCGAGAAUGACGUCUUCCCCACCACAUUAAAUGCCACUGUAUUGCAGGGAGAGCAUGAGGGGGAGAAUCAGCAGCUAUGUGCCUGGCCACUUCGGCCUCUCUGGGUCAAUGAUGUAAUGGAGUGUGUUUAUGACCAGGCAUCUAUCGAUACCUGGCAUUAUGACUUUGAUGCUAUCCCAGUGCCAGUAUAUUAG